CCAUGUUCUUGCCGUCUCACUUUCUUUAUCUCUCUAUCUCUAUCUCCUUCUCUCUCUGCAUGAAAAUGCGGAUCCAGUAUUACAAUAUAGACAACACAAAACAUCGACAUUUCCUCCCUCCUUCCAUAAAUGCGCUGAUAAAUAAAACCUUCCCUAUACUGUAUUCGUCCUCAAAGUUCAAACCUUACCCCAGAAUCUGAGAUCUAUCCCCCUGUGCUUCUUCAACGUACGCCGGCAUGUUCAGAACAUUGUCAAGGGAGUUCAAAUUCGCGAGCUUCAUCAGUGAAGAGCUGAAGAAGCAAAGCAGAUUCUAUGCAACUGUUGGCGGAAGAAGGCUAGAGGGCAAAGUGGCUCUGAUCACCGGGUCAGCAAGUGGGCUUGGCAAGGCCUCAGCUCAUGAAUUUAUCCAAAAUGGGGCCCAAGUCAUUGUUGCAGACAAAGAUACUCUUCUUGGGGCUCAGGUUGCCAAAGAAUUGGGCCCAUCAGCCCAUUUUGUGGAAUGCGACGUUGCUAACGAGGCCCAAGUUGCAGAAGCUGUGAAUAUUACCAUGGACCUCCAUGGAAAACUUGACAUAAUGUACAACAAUGCUGGAAUCACAGGUCCAACCUUCUCACCCAACAUCACCGAGUUGAACCUCGAUGACUUUGACCACGUCAUGCGGGUCAACGUCCGGGGCACAAUCGCAGGCAUAAAGCACGCGGCUCGGGUCAUGGUACCGAUGAGCUCAGGCUCCAUUCUUUGUACAUCAAGCAUAAGUGGCCUCUUGGGUGGGCUCGGACCUUAUCCAUACUCAAUUUCCAAGUUUACAAUACCAGGGAUAGUAAAGUUUGUGGCUAGUGAGCUGUGUAAAAUUGGGAUCAGAAUCAAUUGCAUAUCUCCAGCUCCAAUUCCCACACCAAUGUCGCUCGAGCAAAUUGGAAAGUUUUACCCAGGCCUGAACCGAGAGCAAGUAGUUGAGAUUGUGAAUGGGCUGGGCGAGCUAAAAGGUGCAAAGUGUGAAGAAAUAGAUGUGGCCCGGGCAGCCUUGUACUUAGCCUCUGAUGAUGCAAAGUAUAUCACAGGGCAAAACCUUGUGGUUGAUGGAGGGUUUACCUGCUUUAAAAAUCUCAAGUUCCCUUCCCCUGAUCAACUUGCCUAGCUCCUAUAACUUAUCUAUGUGAUGUAAUGUCAAAUAUUAUUGUUGAUUUGUGUAUUCACUGUGAGUUAUUUCUUGAUCCUUUGUUUUA